UAUAUCUCUCAUCACCAACCCAAAGUGUACAAACCCAAGCUCUUCUCAAAAUGGACAGCCCGUACUCCCAAGAGCUCCAAGUCGCAAUCGGAGCCAUCCAAGCAGCCGCAAAGCUCAGCCAAGGGGUGAUCUCCAAAGCCGACAAAGGCGUGAUCGCAAAAGACGACCUGAGUCCCGUCACCGUCGCCGAUUUCGCCAUCCAAGCCCUCCUCACAGCCACCGUGCACCACGCCUUCCCGCACGACAGGUUCGUCGGCGAGGAGGCGGCUGCGGAGUUGAGGGAGAACCCGGUUUUGCUCGAACGUGUGUGGGAGUUACUUCAGAGUCUGAGAGAUGAGGAGGUUAGCCAGUUGUGUAGAUUGCCGGAGUCAAGGGAGGCGAUGUGCGAGAUGAUCGACUGGUGCGGGUUCGGCGAACCGGGGGGUGCCCGGGCGGGCAGGGUGUGGGUGUUCGAUCCGAUUGAUGGCACGAAGACGUUUGUCGAGGGCAUGGCGUAUGCGAUUAAUGUCGCGUUGCUGGAGGGUAGUCGGCAGGUCCUUAGCGUUGUGGGGUGCCCGACGCUGGCGUUUGAUGCGAUCGCGCCGGUUACGAAUACCUCGCUAGAUCCUACGGGGCGCGGUUGUAUUGCUUUCGCUGUUAAGGGGUAUGGCACGUAUGUGCGUCCGCUGGUUGUGCCGUCGACUGCUGAGGUGCAGGUUCGCAGGAUUGAGCCGCUUGCUGAAAUGGAAUCGUCUCAGAUACUGCGGCCGGUGUCUUGUUACAAUAUGUUGGAUUCGGGAGUGGAUGAUGUUCACAACAUCAUUAUGCAGAGGCUUAAUGUCGAAUCCCAAGGCUGCGACCUCUUGGCUUGGGUUCUCCGAUGGGUGACCCUCGGGUUGGGGCUCGCGAAUAUGACGGUCUGGGUAUAUAAGAAGCGGGAACGUACUGGGAAGAUAUGGGACCACGCAGGUGCCAUGCUUUUAUUCGAAGAAAUUGGGGGAUAUAUCACGGAUAUUGACGGGAAACCCAUCGACUUAGGUGUGGGGAGGAAGAUGACCGCCAACCACGGCUUUGUAGCUGCCCCGAAAGCAAUACAUCCCCUAGUACUAAAGACUACGCAAGAAGUCAUUCGCGAGCAAGGAAAGGGACAUCUCCUUGCCUGAAUUGGUAAUACGGAUGUGUGUUGAGCUGGCGUUGCUUUAUGCCGAUUCUCACUCGAGAACCUAUAUUUUGUUACGAGAACCGCCUAACUGGUUAGUUAGAUAAUGAAGGAAUAAUGUACGACUGGCUCCGUCCGUCCCCGGGUUAUAUG